AUGAUGGUACGACUGCUGCUGCCUUCUGGUAGCUUUUUGGCGACCUUCUGCUGGUCACAGCUUGAGGAAGCGAGUCGCGUCGAUCGUCACACUACGUCGAAGGGUGGCAGCAGAACCGGCAACGUACGGCAGCUCCACCAACGGACAAUUGCGCAAAGUAUCAUACAGCUAAAAGAAACGAAACGCUUGAGAGCGAACGAACCAGACGCGACGGACGGACGGACGGACGGACGAUAA